CCCCAGGGGAGGACACCGUGCCCCUUGACGGCAGGUCAGCAUCAGUCACGUUUCUACACUCAGCCGGCCCCUCUGCAGCUGCCUGCGUGCACCACAGUACCGGGUGACGGCUUCGACUCACUUCUCAACAAAAACUCCACUCUACUCCUUUCCUUUGGGCAAGAAGUAGAAACAAAUGUGUGUACAAGCAAAGAUGAAGAGAUAACUGGGCAGACAAAUGGUGGGACAAACAAAAAAGACAAUCCUAUGGCUAAAAAGGAAACAAGAUAA